UGACAGAAUUAAUUUUGCUCCCUUCCAGGUGAUCUCUGAAAAUGGUUCGCUACUCACUUGACCCAGAAAACCCUACAAAAUCAUGCAAGUCACGAGGUUCAAAUCUUCGUGUUCACUUUAAGAACACUCGUGAAACUGCCCAGGCCAUCAAGGGUAUGCAUAUCCGAAAAGCCACCAAGUAUCUGAAGGAUGUCACUUUAAAGAAGCAGUGUGUGCCAUUCCGUCGAUACAAUGGUGGAGUUGGUAGGUGUGCCCAGGCCAAACAGUGGGGCUGGACACAGGGUCGGUGGCCCAAAAAGAGUGCUGAAUUUUUACUGCACAUGCUUAAAAAUGCAGAGAGUAAUGCUGAACUAAAGGGCUUGGAUGUAGAUUCUCUGGUCAUUGAGCACAUCCAGGUGAACAAAGCCCCCAAGAUGCGGCGCAGAACGUACAGAGCUCAUGGGCGGAUCAACCCCUACAUGAGCUCUCCCUGCCACAUUGAGAUGAUCCUUACUGAAAAAGAGCAGAUCGUUCCUAAACCAGAAGAGGAGGUUGCACAGAAGAAAAAGAUAUCCCAGAAGAAACUGAAGAAACAAAAACUUAUGGCCCGGGAAUAAAUUCAGCGUAAAAUAAAUGCAAAUAAAAGUAAAAACAGAAUGUUAGUUGUCUUUAUUAUUAAAUAUAUUUCAAAUGCCCUCGCGGGAUGGAUCAAACAGGUUUCUCGUGAUUAGAAUUAGAAACAUAUUGUUUGCCCUGUGCCAUAGAUUUUGGUUCAUAAACAUGCUGUUUUGAAUCUCUAGGUGCUUCUUUGUAUAAGAUGGAAUUAGAACAUGGGAAAAUGUCUGAAACUUUUCCACUUUGAGAUUUAACAGUUACCCAUUCACGAAUUUAGUUUUAUGGCUUUUAGUAUAUUGAUUUGUGCAUCUAUCGCCACAGUCAAUUUUAGAACAUCUUAUCCCAAAGAGGAACCUUGGCAGUGGUUAGCUGUCACUCCCAAACCUAGGGAACCACUUUUCUAUUUGUCUAUAUAUAUUUGCCUGUUCUGGAUCUUUUAUGUAAAUGAAAUCACAAUACACUCAUCCCUUGGGAUCUGAAGGGGACGUAGAGGGCCUGCUGUAUGUGGCUGUUUGUCACUGGCUUUGACUUAGCACGGUGUUUUCAGGGUUCAUCCAUGUAGCGUUUUAUCUGUGCUUUGUCAUUGGUUAAUUGAUUAUAUGAAUAUACUAUUUGUUGAACAUUGGGGUCUUUUUUUAACCUAUUACAAAUAGUGCUGCUGUGAACCUUUGUGUAGAACAAAUUUUGGGGUGGGCAUGUUCUCAUUUCUCUUGGGUUAUAUACCCAGAGUGGAAUUGCUGGAUCAUAUGGUAACUGAAUAAACUAUGGAGAAACUGCCA